UCGAAGCUUGUGGAAUUCAAGUUUCAGAGCCAAGGGCUGAAUCCGCAGAUCCCUGAAUUUCAGGUCUUCUUUAAUGAUCAUACUCUGAAUGAUUUUAACAGGCUCUUCAAAUCCCUCCCGCAGACCAGGCGAUACUACGCUGCGGGCGUGCCGGGUUCUUUCUAUGGUCGUCUAUUUCCUAGUACGUCUAUUCAUUUUUUUCAUUCAACUUUUGCCCUUCAUUGGCUUUCUAGAGUACCAAAAGAGGUGGUGGACAAAAACAGUCCAGCAUGGAACAAAGGACGAAUUCAUUACUCAAACUCCCCUGAUGAAGUUGUAAGGGCUUACGAAGCUCAACAUGCUGAGGACAUGGAGUGCUUUCUGAAUGCCAGGGCACAAGAGAUUGCAGACGGAGGAAUCAUGGUACUCGUCAUUUUAGGCCGGCCCAAUACUGUUCUUCAUUCUGACUCUGUGGUAAAUGUGAGCUUUCAACUUAUAGGGUCUUGCCUCAUGGACAUGGCUAGGAAGGGAGUAGUAAGUAAGUGAAGAUAAAGUAGAUACAUUUAACUUUCCUGUGUAUUACAUGACUCCCCAAGAACUGGAAGCUGCUGUAGAAAGAAAUGAAUAUUUUAGUUUAAAGAAGUUGGAAACAGUACCUCACAUUCCGAUUCCUCCCACUG